AAUAUUUAUCGCGACUGAAAAUUGAUUUUGGGCUGCCUGACAAACUAGAUAUGGCUUAAAUGUCAUCGCCAACAUAGUACAAAGCAGGUAACUAUAGUUUCAUUUAGUAAUGCAAACUGGUACUGGUAAAUUAGGAAUUUUUAAAAGUUGUAAUAUUUGCGCUAAAUUCUACAAUCAAUCAAUAACACGACUCGGUCAAGCUAAUUUCUAUUAUUUUUUAUCACAAUUCUUUAAAUUAUCAGGCCUGCACAACUCAAAAUGAAAAUGCAAGGCAGGCCGUAAACAACUUGUGCGGGCCAAAAGAAAAUAGGACGGGGAGAAAGGUAUUAAAAUAAUAAGGAUAAGGAAUAUUUCGUCAUCUCGCCGGCCGCAAAAUGGGUGCUGGCGGGCCGUAUGUUGUGCAGCCAGUUCCAGGCCUGCUUUACUUCAUUUUUAUUACAGUCUAUACUAUACUAUAGCACUCUAUAAUUAUAAUAGAGUACUACUAUAGACUAUAAUAAAAAUACUCUAUAUAAUAUAUCAAUAUAUAAAUUUUCAAUAAAUUAUAUGGUAAAAGUGGAGUUCAGGCUUCAGGUGCGUAUAUUAUGUCUUAACAGUUUAACACAUUUUAUCAUAUCAUGUAAACUUAUGUGUAUUCUUUAUUAAUUAAUGAAAUACAGGCAGUUAUAUGGUUAACUACUGAAUUUUAAAUCGCCUUUUUUCUUUUUUUUUGAUUUUUAAAGAGUCUUUAAACAUCCCCCAACCAAAGUUACAUAGCCCUAUUUUUGUUGUUGUUUUUUUUCACCCUAUGGCCAGAUUUUUAACCACCUAUAAGUUAGUAUGCAAAACGAAAUUUUCAAACUGUAGGCAUGUUCACAAAAAAGAAUGAAAUACUAGAUUUUUCACUACCACCCCCCACUUUCUUUUUUUUUUCCUCUCAGAGCGCUUGGAAUAUACGGGUUGUCCCUUGAAGUCUUUGGGGGGGGGGGGGGGGGAUUUAGAAGUGGAUCACCGGACUAAGGCAGCGGGGACACACGUCAUCAUUGUCCUGGAGUGAAGCUGAAAAGGGGAAGGGGGUGUGUCCAUGAACAUGUGAUCACGUGUCCGCUUUUUAAAAAAAAUAUGUGUGACGUUGCAGGAAUGGGGGAAAUCGGAUAAUUUAUUGAUAGUCAUCUCAUACUGAUGGCUGCAAAUACGUUGUCCAUGAUUGGUCAGCUCUAAUUUGAGCACCCCUCCCCUUUUUUGGUAUGCAAAUGUGCUUAUUAAUGGUGACUGAUUUGCGCUGAAUAAAAUAAGGGUGAGGGCUAGUCAUUAUAUAGAAUAAGACUUACUCAUUUUGCGGUAUUGCUGGUAGUGGGAUCAUUUUGUUCAAAAUGGCAGGAUGACCAAGAGACGAUAAUUGAAAUUGUUUAUCCAAAGAAAAUUUUAAAUGGUGCAGCAUUUGGUUUAUAUGCGAACUUUGUGAGGCAACAAAUAACGUUAAUACAACUAUGGCAUUUCUCGUAAGGCGCUCUUAACAAUUGCUAUGUGGCUUGGAAACUGGCUACGUAUGUCAAGUAUGAGCGUUCCCUAUAACUAUCGGGAUCUGGAUCUCACCGGAACCGGUAUCCCACCAGGAUCGGAAACCCACUGGAUCAGGAUCCCACUGGGAUCAGGAUCUCACUGGGAUCAAGAUCCUAUCAGGAUCGGAAUCUCAACGAAAACGUUAUCCCACCAGAAUCGGUAUCCCAACGGGAUCGGGAUCUCACCGGGCUCAAGACCUCAACGGAAACGGUAUCCCACCGGAAUCGGUAUCCCAUCGGGAUCUCACCGGGCUCGAGAUCUCACCGGAAAUGGUAUCCCACCGGAUUGGGAUCUCAUUUGGAUUGGGAUACCACCAGAAAUGGGAUCUUAUCAGGAUCCCACCAUGAGGUUUCGGGAUCCACCAUGACCGGGAUUCUACCAGGAUCGGGAUACCACCAAGUCCAGAAUUCUACCGGAAUCGUCGGGACAACGGGGUGCCAUCGGAAAACGAGAAAAACGAAAGGUUAUUUUAAGUGUUUUUAUAGGAGACAAAUUAAUUUUUUUUUUUUUUAAUAUAGUGGUGUUGUUUUGUUGUUGAAAUUUGGCUUAAUAGCAAUCUGAAUUUAAAGGAAGUAGCAGAUGUUUUUUUUCUGAAUGCUAUCCCAGGCAACUCCGGUUAUAUUUGAUAGUAAAGUUGUAAAAUAAAUACAACAUUUAUUUUAACAAAGAUUCAUCCAAUCGGGCAAAUUUUAUAACAUAUCUUUAAAGACAGAAGAGUUAUCCUUGAUUUACCACAAUGGCUUCGUAAAAGACAAAAGAUUCAUGAAAAGUACUUUUUUUAUAUCUAAAAAUUUGUUUAAUUGUUGUAUUCCAAUAAAAAAAAUGGUAUUUUACUUUUAAAAUACUUUUAUAAAGAAUUAACUUAAGUUUACAUGCGAAAAUAAGAAAUUCCAACAGAAAUAAUAUACACACCUGAACUCCACUUUUACCUAUUAUAUACUAUAAAUAUAGUGUAGUCAAGUCUACUUUAUCGUUCGCUGCUGGAUCCAAAGCCAAGGCCGCCCAAGGUGCAAGGUAUGGCCAAGAAGUGAGACUGACUACUCGCGCAUUUCUUCUGCACUUAAAUCCAAGUCACAUCAUGUCUCACUUUAAUUAUUAACUAUCAUUCAUUCCAUUAAAAUUAUAGGUGUUGUCCAGCAGCCACUGAGUGACUGAGCAGACCUCUUUUAUUUUAAGGCUUAAGGAACCUCCAUGGAAUGAGAAAGGGGCUAGAAAAGGUGCCCUAAAACUAAAAGUUCUCAGCUACACUCUUCCCUCUGCCUAUUCUGCCUACCAAAGUUGGUGGGGGAUUCUAUCUUUUCUUUGAAAUAUAUGCGAUCAAAAUUCAAAGAAAUCAAAGCAUAAUAUCAAAACAAUACCUCCGAAAAUUGGCCCUGGGAAUGUGCGCAAUCUUCAGUGUAAAGACAAUGCAAACAGACCUCAGAGGAGUACAGUCCUUAUAUAGGAAAUGAGCUGUCAGGUGCUGGGUGGAGGUAGCACCCCUUAGUGAGGUCUGACUUGCAGGAGAGGUCGAACUAUGUGAAAGCGGCUCUGGAUAUACCUUCUUUUGAAGUGGCAAGAGGAGCAUUGUGAGGCUUGUGUUGGCUCUACUAUCAAAUCUACAAUGACUAACAUGCUUGCUGGUCUUUCAAAUAGCAAAGUGGCUAUUCACACUCGGUUAAAAAAUCCCCAGACACGUAGCACUGCCAUAUGCACCUGGGUCCCAUUAGACCAAUGCUAUUCGGAUGUCAUUUGUGGUAGUUUAUUUUAGUUAAACUGAAGAUGUAAGUUUACAAACAUAUAGUCUAUUCAAUUAUCUUUCAUUUGAUUCCUCAUUUCAUCUUACAAACCCAAAAAUAAUAUUUUAAAUAGUUUUUUUAAUCCCAACCUCUCACUUCUGGUACCCGGGUGCGAAUAGUCGCAGCCUUCAAAUAGAGUCAGUGAUAGGAUGACAAUAUAACUCCCUCUCUUAUCUAGAAAAAAAACACCUCCCCAUCAUCAGCUGCUAUGGUCCAACUAUGAAAAGCCCAGAUGAAAUAAAGGCCAAGUACUACGAGGUUCUUCACUCUGUCAUAGUUGGCAUUCUAAUACAGGACAAGCUUAUCACUGGUGACUUCAAGGCUUGAGUGGGUGGCCACCACAUCACUUGGGAUGGGGUUCUAGGAAGGUAUGGAGUAAGUCAUUGCAACAAUAAAAGUCUUCUUUUGCUCCAGACAUGUGCAGAGAAUGAACUGCGGAUUACAAAUAUGGUAUUUUGCCUUCUAAUAUGUAAUCGCACAUCCUAGAUGCACCAUCGGUCAAAACAUUGGCAUCUCAUCAACUAUGUUAUCAUCAAUAGGAAGGACAAUCAUACACAGUGUAACACAAAAAAACAACAACCAACUGCAGUUCAUCUACUGCAUCCUGGUCUAUUUCCAUUUGUCUAGACUAAGUCUUGCCUUUGGAUCAAGUAGGCAAGGAUUAGAGAGUGAGGCUGACAAAUUGAGCAACUCUCCCUCAUUUAUCAAAAUAAAGCUCAGAUCAAGACUAUUCUGCUCAAAUCAAAUAUUGCAUUGGUUAUCUUUGCGUGCCAAGGAUGAAGAAAAAAUAAAUACUUAUUUCGCAAAAGCCUUUACAAAUUUCGGUCUUACCAUUAACACCUAUUAGACAGGUCUUGUACCGGCCAACUCCUUGAAGUCCUUAUGUUGAGCCCAAUUUUCAAGUGUAUGGUGAAUGGCUUAAAGUGGUAAAUACCUGAACCUCUUACCUGAACAGCGCACUGUUUCAAAGCAAAACGAUUGAUGACCAGAUUAACCUUCGCAAAGCAUGAGCCAGUGUAACCUAUGCCAAUAUGUCUAUGAAUGUAUGGGCCAGACAAGGUAUCAGCACUCAAACUUAAGUGAAAGUAUACUAGGCUCCCUACACUUCUCAUUGCCGUGAAAUGUGGAUAGUCUAUCAAAACUAUGCAAGCAUGUUGAAUUACUUUCAUAAGACAAGUCUCAGGAAAAUCCUCAACAUCAAAUGGCAAGAAAGGAUCCCAGACACUGAGGUACUCAAAAAAGCAGUUGUCCCCAGCAUCUUUACCACUUUAAUGCAAUCUUGACUAAGCGAAUGUCAGAUGACUGCUUGCCCAAAAGUAUAUUCUAUUCUUUGGUGAGUGUGAGCAUGAAAGGCAGUUUGCUGACAGAAAAAAUGCUUUAAAGACAACCUAAAAGCCUCACUUAAAAUUUUCUAUAUGUACCUGGGCGCAUGGAAAGAAUCUGAAAAGGAUCGAGCAUUGUAGUAUUCCUCCAUACAACAUGAAGCCAACAGAACAGCUGUUGCAGAGCACAAAAGACAUGCCAGAACAGCCUGGGUUAACUUUAAACCUAGAGAUGUCCCAUCAAUACCCUGCACUUACUCCACAAGAACAUUUUGUGCCAGAAUCUGUCUCAUCAGUCAUCUGCACACCCACAGCCCAGUUCAUAAUUAGCAUAUACAAUGAUUAAGGUGGUCAUGGUCGAUUGACACUGACAGGGCUUGGCUGGUUGUUGGGAAUUUUAUCAAGGUUUUAAUUCAACCCCUGUUUGCCAGAAAUUCAGGUCUAAUUUGACCUAUCUAUGGAAUUAAUGAUUUUAAUUUUUUUUUAAAGUUUCUACCUACAUUACAGUCCUACAGUUAGGCUUACACAUUGUAAUUCUUUGUUAUCAUCAGAAAUUGGUGUGUAUCUAAAACCUUAUUUACACUAAAAUUUAGUGUUCUAUGUGUAAAAACUGUUGAAGAAGUCUCAGCUUGUAUUUAUGUGUUUGUAAAAUUUUUAUUUAUGACUGUAUUUGGAUAACACAUUGUCUGCUGAAUGUCAGUGAUUUCCAGACUGUUUAGGAUAUUAUAUGUAGGUCUUUGACAUUGAUCUUAUAGCUUGACCCAAAUAUUGUUUGUAUUUUUUGAAAAGAUGGCAUGGAAUUUUAUUUCUUAAUUUAUAAUUUACUUUUUAGUCUUUAGAAGACUAAAAAGAGCAUGUGCAUAUACCAAAGUCCUCAUGGAUAACCCUUUCCUAAUUAUUAUGUAGAGGAUAAAAUAUGAUGGUAGCAAUUAUUUUAAAUUAUUUGCCUAUUUUUUUUUCUCCUACAGGAUAAUCUAUCAAAUGGACAAUUUUUAAAUGUAAUUGAGCAGCAAUAAAAAGAUGAUUUUAGUAAAAUCUGGUUUGAACAAGAAACGACAUGAAAAAACUCAAAUAAACUUAAAAUAGGUCCUUUGUCAUGGUAAGUGAUUAAGAAGCUUUUAAAAAGUUUUAUGGGGACUAUAUUACUUUCUAUGUCUUCUUAUUUAAUAAAUUUAAUAUGUCUGGUCUGCAUUUGCAUCCAUUUGGUUGUCCUACCAAUAGGAAAUUUGAAUCGCUAAUAGCCAGGUAGAAUAAAGUUAUCAGUAAGGCAUUUAUUCUUGGUGAGGAGGCCAACCAUGCGUAAAAAAAAACUUUAUCCACUAAAACUUGAAGCGUGCAGCCACUCUUGUAUGAAUUUAAAAAUUAUAAGGUUAUUUCAUUUGAAAAACACAAUAAAAAAGAAUUUCAUUGGACUUGGGGCCAGCUUUAGUUGGUCUUGGUGAUUGCAGGCUUUUUUAUUUGCCAUCUUCAGCCACAUUUUGACGAGCCUUGAAACAUCAGGUCAUUAAAAAUAAUAUGCAUCAUCUUAGGAAUGUUUGCGAAAAUCCUGAUGAAGUAUUUGUAGGGUCUGGGUUGUAAAAGAAAAAAUAAAUUAAUGCUAGUUUGUUGUUCCAUUUGAGAGCCAUCAUAAUAUUACCAACCAGCCUUACAUAAGUUUAGAAGGCAUGUAGACAGAGUAAAAUUACUUUUUGCUACUGCUAUAAUUUUGGAGGCUUUGGAGCAGUGACCUUUAGGGUCAUAAUCAUAAUAAUUGUGAAUGGUACGGUCACAGCAAAUACAGUCUCUGAACUUUCUGAUGCCACUUCGCAAUUUUCUUUUGGUUUGAACUGUGUCUGAGUGUUUCAGACUGAAGCAUUUUUGCAGGAUAAUUAAUUUAGUAUUAACUAAUUAUAAAAAGUGUUGGUCUGCGAUAAAGCUUUAAAAUAUAUUAAUUAGACACGAAAAAUUUGUGUCAAUAUAACAAUAUAUGUUAAGCUUUAACAAUAAUUUUACAUAAUACACAAGUAGACGUUUCGGCGCAUGCCUUAAUCAGUACAAUAACAACAAAAUUAUAUAAGUAUAAAUUAAAUUUACAUAAUAUAUAUAUAUAUAUCCUACCUAAAAAAAUGGGAAAAAAAUAUUGAAUAAUGAAAUGUGAGAUUUAACUAUUUUAUAAGAUAGUAGCAGCAGUUAAAAACUAUUUUUAGAAUGGUCAGAGCAACUCUUAUUUUGGUACCAACACUUAUCCUAUAUUUACUUAAUGUGGUGUGCACAUAAUCAAACUUGUUAAUUGAUAUUUACAGAAGGAUACUCGCUAGAAAAGAUGAGGAACAUAUUUCUUUCAAAGUCACAGUCUAUUUAUAUAUUUUUUAAAAGUAAUAUGCAGUUUGGUUAGAUCCGCAGAGUAUCUGUCUUAUACAUUAUACUGUAGGUUUCUUAUUUUUAAGUCUUUUACUUACAGGAUAAUUAUUUUUAAAAUUCUGAAUUUUAAAAAAAUAUCAGCCUUAUUGCCGAUUUGCUUACACUAGUACUUCAUACAUUCAUUUUUUGGAUAAAAUUUUGAAAAUUUAGAUGACACCACUGAAACCAAUUGCUAUGCAUUAUUUGAACCAGUUCAACUAUGCUGAAGAAUGACAAUUGUACAUUGCCAAAGAGGACUAAAUUAAAAACAUAGUUUUGUUGAUGUCUGGAAAUCAGUAUGCCUUUGAUAAUAUUUAACUGGCACAAGCUAGAAUUCUCUGGCAUUCAUAAAUAAAUUCCUUUUUUCUCCAUUAUUCAAAGUAAGCUUUACAGCUCAAUUGUAUUUGAUAUUGGAAGCAACAAAAAAAUGUAUUUAUAUUUUUUAUAAUACUUCUGCAGGCCACAGUAACACCAGAAUUUCCAGUUAAUAAGGAUCAGAAUCAAUCACCUUCAGAGUCUACAAAAAUCAGUAUGUUGGGUUUUAAAUUCAACUUAACAGAACUUGCUUCAUAAGGACAUUUGUAUUGCAUUAACUACAAAUAACUUUAUUACUUCACCUUUAAUUCAUGCCCAAAUCGCCACUGGGUCUGAAUGAUGACCUUUAGUUGAUACCCUAAUAAAAUUACUUUCUCACGAUUUAAGUUAGUUACUAUACAUUAUACAUACAUAUUUUUAUUACACAUUAUUGAAAUUUGUUUAUGGUUCAGCAGAUUUUUUAAAAUAGUUUUAAAGCAUAGAAAUCCCAAAUCUUUUUUAUUCAGUAAAUAAUUUAACAAUUCUAUCUGGACUUUGAAGCAAGUUAUCUCUAUCCAGCAAAAAUUUUUAAAUUGUAAAAAAAUAAUUUUAUAAUAAUUUAGACAAGGAAUUUUUUUUUAUUGUAAAUGAUGUUGCCACAAAUGCAUUUGAAAAUAUUUUGAUACACCAAGUCUUGGUAGGUACGGGUCAAAUAAAUAUUUCUCUAUUUGUCAUCUGUGUAUGUUUGAAAUUUAUGAGAAAUAAACUAAUGCUAGCAGGAUGAAUCCCAUACUUUUCAUAGGUGACUAUCAUCACUUCGUUACUGAAAAUCUUACUCAACCCUGUCAACACCACAUAAACUUUUUAAAAAUAUUUUUGUUUCCCCUUAUUAUUGCUAUAUUAUGGAUGUCCCAUAUCGCUAUCUAGAUAGCUUUUCCUGCUGUGUCUGCCUUGGGCAACUCAUUUCCCAAAGGAGCUUUUUCGAACCUUUUUGAGAGCAGCUGUUAUAGAACAAAUUGUUUUUGUUUUAUUUUUCAUUUUGAGUUUUAUGAUUCGAAUCAAUGCAAUUAUAUUUUUAGUUACCUUUAGUUUCAAGAAAUUUUAUAAUUAAAUUUUAUUUGAGGUAUUUAUUGUCAAUGUCUGUGGUAGGGUAAUUGUUCAAAUUGUGAUAAUUCAACCUUUGAAAUAAAAUAUUGAGGAUAAUUUGACUUUUUUAAAAAAAAAUUAUUUUUGCUUUUGACUUCAGAGUUCACUGGUCAAGGGGAUGGCUUUCCUCUGAUGCAGCAACAAAAUGGUGUUGAUGCUGGAGUGAGAGAUGUUUUUGAUAACAGCUCAGCUCCUCAGAAGUCAGUCAGUGAUGUGAAGUAAGAAAACUUAAUACAUUUUUUUAAGGCUGUGAUAACUUUUCGUUAAUUUUUAUAAGAUAUUUAGAACUAAUAAAUAAUCUUACUUUUGUAUGAGUUUUACGAGGGGCUGUCCUAACAGGAGGAGAUCUCGUAGGUGCCGCUUUGUGGGCCGAUAUUAAGAGCUUUGGCUUAACAGCUCACUAACACCAUUUCCAUAAAGUUAACUUGUAAACCACAAUGACAAUCUUGCAUUGAAUGAGAAAUGUGUCUUAGACAUUACUUAUGAAAUUAUUUUCUUUUGACUUUUUUUUUUCUCAGUUUCUAUUUCCUUCUCAAUUUGCUGCUGGGUCUAUUUAUUAUAUUUUACAAAUAAAAAUGUAUUUCUUUUAAAAAUUCAUUAUCUUAGGCUAACUAUGAACGAAUAAUAUCUUACUUUUUUAAAAAUCUUUCUACAUUUCACUUGCUGCACUAAACUUAACAGCAAGUCUAUUUAAAUAAUAUUAUUAUCUGUUUUCACUCUAUUUCCUUAAAGAGAUUGUUCACCAACCAAAGGAGUACCCUGGCAAAGGUCUUCUUUAAAGCAUAUCCAUGACCUAUAUGAUACUGUCACACAGAUCACAGUUGAACCAACUAGUAGAGAGGAACCUGAUGUCAAAGCAUUUUUUAAGGUGAGUUGUCCUUUAACUUGUAUUACAAAAAAGGAUUAAGUUUUAAAUUUAUUAAUAUGCGAAUAUAGAUUUUCAAUUAACUGUCAUGCAGGUUGGAGUCUGGGUUCAUAAUAGGGGUUGCAAUCCGGGAUCCCGACUCUCGAAAAUACCGGACGAUGAUCGAAAAAACGGGAUUGGAUUUAUGAAAACCGAGAUUUUCGAUAAUCCAGGGAUUUCAUUUUCAAAAAAUAUGUAUCACGGUUCUUAGUUUCCAUGUCGUAGUUAAAGCAAGACAAAUCAAUAAUUUAUGUGGUGUGCAAAGUGCGAUGCCCUCAAACCACGUGUAUCAAGUUCAAAGAGAGCUGACCGCCAGGCUAAAUCCGUGUACUCUUCAUUUGUCAACUAUCACAGCGUUGUGAUUAGUUUUGUUUUUACAACGUGCGUGUGUAGUGUGUAAGUGGAGACGUGAUGGUACAUGAUUGGAAAGUAAAUGUUUUUAUAUUAUUAACAAAUAGUAUUGGCAUACUCCAAUGAAGAUAGAAUGUUGACUUACAUUAAAAAUUUGUUUGUAACAUGAAAUAUAUGGAAAUAUUAACACGCUGCAUUCGAAUCACUGGGUUUUAAUAACAAAAAUGUUUGAUUUCUUGAUUUCAUUUACUUAUGCCAAAGUAUCUACAUAUUUAAAAUUAUGAGUAAAUCCGUAUUUUGAUAAUAAAUACCUUAAGUUUAAGACAUAGAAAAAUUAUUUUACUACUAUUUUGUGAAAACAAUAUUAAUAAUUCACAUUCACCUCAUAAUUGAUUUUCGAGCUAUUUUAUCCCAGGCUGAAUGUCCCAGUUUGUCUGUACCGUACCUAGCCAAACAUUUACAUGACUUAAUGUCCCCGUUUGUCUGUACCAUACCUAGCCAAACAUUUACAUGACUGAAUGUCCCAGCUUGUCUGUACCUUACCUAGCCAAACAUUUUCAUGAAUGAAUGUCCCCGUUUGUCUGUACCAUACUUAGCCAAACAUUUACAUGAAAAUUUAAACAUUUUUUUCAAAAAGUUGUACACGUCAAAUCAAAUAGAUUUAAUAAAUACAUUUUUGUUAGUGAUCUAUUUUCCUUUCAUGUUGAUAGAAAGAAAUGGGGGACACUGAAUAAAAUAAACCAAAAUAUGAAAAGCAUAUGAAACUAUCAGAAAAAAAGACAUCAGUGUGGUAUUGUGGAGUCUGAGCGGAAGUUCACAUCAUCUGGUUACUUUUGUUACCAUUUGCGCUCAAAAUUAAGUGAUCAAACAUUAGACACAUUUUCAUUUUUACGAUCUCAUUAUUUGAAUAAGAUUAAAACUACAAAAAUUAAUUUUUGAUAAUGUCUGAAGUUAGACAUUUGUGUUAUUGUUAAAAAUCGAAAUGCUAUUUCUUUUUUAUUGUUUUUAUUUCAUUAAUAAAUCAUCACCUCUAAUCUCGACACUAAAUUCCCUAAACAUUGACAAUAUAGAAAAUACUGGGGUUCUGGUAUUCGUAAACUUCAAUAUCAAAAAUACCGGUUUUGAUAAAAGGGACCGGUUUUGCAACCCCUAGUUCAUAAUGAGUAAAGUUAUACAAAAAUUGUUAUGAACAGUUUUAUUGUUAGUAAAAGAGUUAGUUACCUGUUAAGUUAUUAAUUAUAAUUAGGAUAUUUUGAAGGAAAAAAAAAUUGUUUUCAAAAUAAAACAGGUGCUGAAAAAUCACCGCCUGCAAAGCAAACUGGUAUAUGUGUUGACAGUGGUUGCAAUUGUAGCAAUAUCUCACUUCGUGCUCACUGUCAAGUGGAUUUUACCCUACUAUUAUUCUAUAACAACACCUUUUUUGUUAAUACUAAGGCUUAUAAUGUACUGGUGAGUAGAGAAGUUACUAAAGCUCUAAAAGUUCUUAAAGUUGAGAUUAGUUUUCUGUCUUUUUAAUUCAAAGACCUAUAAUUCAUUAUAAACAUUUUAUCCUAAGCAAAAUAUAUACUGUGCCUGCUGACUGAUUGACAGAUUCUUUUGCAGGAAGAUGAAAUAUCAGUAUUUUCUGUUGGAUUUCUGCUAUUUUGCCAAUACCUACUGGUUCCUUUACAUCUGGUAAGUCUUUCAGAUAUAUAUAUAUAUAUAUUAAAGAUGAUAUUUUAAUAAUGGUGUAUUUAGAAACAAUGUAUAAAUUAAUUUUAUAAAUGACUUUGCAAAUUGUAUGAGAGAUGAAAUUAUAGUAGCACUGUUAAAAAAGCAAGCCUCCUUUAUACAUUUCUAUAAUUUAUGAACAAAAUGCAUAACUAUGCGUUGUAUUAUAAAUACAGCAAAAUUAAGUUGCAACAGAUGGCUUACAAAAGUUUGGCUUAAAAAUUGUUGUAUAAGAUUAAUGUAAAGAAAUUAAAUAUGGACCUCAGGACCCACAUAUUAAAUAUAAUAUCAUCCCCCCCCCCCCCCCCCCCCCCCCCCCCCCCCCCGUCCAAUCAAAAUCAUUAAACAAGGGCUGUGUGUAUGAUUAGAGACUUUGAUGUCAAAGAUCUUUGUUUAAGUUUUAUAAAAUUCUCAGACUAAAUAAUGUCUGGAACAUUUUGAAUUCUGCAACCUCAUUGGUUAUAUUUUUAUCAACAAAAUUAAACUGCCUGAUUUCAAAUACUGUAAAAGGGAUUCUAUUACCAGAGUCAUUUAUUUUUUUAUUUUUAAAAGCUGUUUUUGUAGUUCUUUUUUUUUUUUUUAAAUUAACUGAUUUGGCUUACUAAAAUUUUCUUCACUCCUUUGAUUGUAAGUUUUGGGUCAUGCCACAUAGGAAAUAGCUUGAAAAGCUAUAAUUCUUUUGAAGAAAUGCAAUAACUGAUGACCAAAGAAAAAUUAGGUAUACAAUGAUUGAGAUAGCAUUAAUCACUGUCAUUGUGUAAAGUUAAGGAGGAUGAGGGUUGAGCCAAAUGAUCAAUGUAGCCUUAUAAGUCCUAUCAGCCUACUGUUUGAUCACUAAAAAUAUCAACAAAAGAGCACAGGUAUUAAUAUUUCUAGGAAUAUUUAGUUAAUUGUACUUUAUGGUUUUGGUCCUAAUCAUAAAUUUUUUUUGUCUCUAUGCAGGCUUGCACCAGAUAAUAAGGAGGCAUUAGUUGUUGGCUAUGCUGUGGCUAAUGGACCUCUAAUUUGGGCUCUACUUGUGUUUCGGAACUCUCUAGUUUUUCAUAGCUUAGACAAAGUGACCUCUUUGUAUAUCCAUCUAUUACCAUGUCUCUUGUCGUUUGUGUAAGCUUGCCUGUUUGUGAAAGUACCGUAUUUAUUGGCGUAUAACACGCACUUUUUCUCCCUGAAAAUAGGGGGCAAAUAAUGUGUGCGUGUUGUACGCCAAUAUAAUGUUUAGUUUUUUUUUCCUCAAAUUCCUUCUUAAAUUGAGGUGCGUGUUAUUUGCCAAUAAAUACAGUAUUUUUUUGUGUGUGUUUAUUUAAAUUUCUUUCCUCAACCCAGUUCUUCAUAAUUUUUUUUUCAGAGCCCUCCCAACGUCCCUGAGAAACUGUGUACCGCCUUAUGCACAAUUAUUGCAACUUAAUUCCCAUAUAACGCAACUGCUAAAGAUUGCUGCUAAUCUUGCAAGAACGUCACUUUCAUUUAUGAAGAAAUCUGAAUGUUUUGAUCUUCCAUUUUUACAAAGUUCCAAGAGCUAGAAGAAGUUCAGGAUAGCUUUCCAGGCUCUUGAGAAGUCUCUUAACAAUAUUGGGUUAUAUAAAUAUAAACAAACAGAUGAAACUUCAAUCAAUUGAAAUUGAUACAGUAAUUAAUAUUGAUGAUCCUAAUAUUGAGGCUAAUGAUGUCUUAAAAAUUAUUGUACUGAUAAUCACUUCAGAUUUCAUAUGUGAAAGGUUAUUUUUCAAUUUAUAUAUAUUCUUCUUCAAAUCAUGAUCAUUUAGCUUCACUAAUUUCUUAUCACUAAUUUAAAAAAAAUUAAUGAUACAUUUUUAUAUUUUCUUUCUUUCUUUGUAAAAAAUUUCAAAACAUGUAUCAUGUAUGUUUAUGGGACUAGCUGUCAGCAUAUAUGAGGUUUUAUAUUACAGGCAGGAAUGCAUUCAAUUUUUGACUUGUGGAAAAGUGUUUAAGAAAAUAUACACCAAUAGUCCACUUAAGAUAGUUAAUUGCAAACUAUCAGGUUCACACACACAAAAAAAAAGAGAAUCUUUUAGCAUCAUAAGAUAUGAAACACAAUUCUUUUAAAUUUUUAUAUUAAAACUAAAAUGACAAAGAUUUCAGAGAGAUUUAAUUUUUUUACAUUGAUCUAUAAAAUUAUAAGAGUUAUUUCUUUCUUAAAUGAAUUUACGGAGCUGGUGUGUAUUCCAGUUUGGUAAAGAUGAUAAUGAUAAUACAGAAAAUUUUAAAGAUCAAAAUAAGGUUUGUUGUGAAUAUUAAAAAUUUUUUAUUCAUCUGCUUGCUUGGCACAUUAAAAAAUGUUCUUUUCAUUUUGAAACUCCAGUAAAAUUAUUCUAUUCCAUCACCAGAAUCAGAUGGUAUCCUGAUGAAACAUCAGAACAUUGGUAUAAACCUUUUGCACAAUAUGAAGUUGGAUUUUCAUUCUUCUGGCUAGUUUUUAUUCCAUUUGUUUUUGUAGUGUGUCACCAGGUGAGUAAUAUGCCUUAGAGUUACUUGGACAUUUAAAGAGAGCAGGGGGCAUUCAGUCAUUAAAUCUACCUUGUAUUUUAGGAAUUUUUAAAAAUAUACCCUAGAUUUUAAGCUUUGAAAUAAGUAAAGUUAAUUUUUUAAAGUUUUUCAAGUUGUCAUAAAAAAUCAAAGGUUUAAAUAGUUUCGAAAUCUCAUUUAUUAGGUGCUGUACAUAUUUCUGGUUAACUGUGUUCUCAAACCAAAUGAAGAGUAUUUGACCAUGUAUAGAUAUCUAACCAGCAAGGAAUCAUCUCUUAUAUUUCGAAUGUGUAACCUGUUUGGUCCUAGGUAUGUUUAAAGAAGUAUAACCUGGUUAGUUUUUUUACUCUUCAUUUUGAUUAUUACAAAAUCCUCAUGUAAAUUGCUACAUAAUUUUAAUGUGUUUAAUAAAUUUAUUUGCCAGUUCAACUGUUUUAUAUAUUUUUGUUAACUGUUGGUCUCGGGGAUCUUUAUCUAAUAUCAUUUUUGGGUUGCAUCUUUCAGAUUUCGUGUACAAUUAUAUGUGGCCUGGGGUCUUACACUUGUUCUCAUCAUGCUGCUCUUCACCCCAGUUUGGUACAACUUCUUCAUCCCUCACUGCGUAGUUGUAGUUUUUUCCAUAAUUGUAGCCAUUUAUAAUGGAGCUACUUAUUACAUAGAUGUCUUCAGCUUUGAAGGCUUAGGUAAAAACAAAGCAGUCAGACCAGAACAAAAUGUAACCAGCAACCCUGUCUCACAAAGUUGUAAUGAAAAAAUAGCAUUUGGAACAAAUAUGGUAUCACAAAUAAAUUCUAAUGAAAGAGUGGUCUAUGGAACAAUGGUGACAAGUAGCCAAUGUGAGGGUGAACCAUAUGCUGUAUAG